UUUUUUUUCAGAAGCGCAUGUUCUGCAACGUUCAUUUUUUUUUUGUCUUAGGAACAUUUAAAUUUUAUGUGUGAUGAUGAGAGGCUGGGGCCAACUAUCUUGUCAAUCAAACAAGAGAAAUCACCGGAAGUGGAUUCACAAGGAUUCAUCCGGGUGAUCUUAAGGACAAGUGAGAAGACUAUUGCCGACUUAUUGCCAAUUGAAAACCUAUCUGAAAACUACGGACCAAGAGAGAUUAUUAAGUACUUACUAGGUGAUGAGAUUGAGGCUUUUGAUCAGUUUCAAGUCGUAGCCUAUCCGCGGGCGUCCGAGCUUGUUGUGAAGUUUGACGAGCAUAUGUCGCUUCCAGCAUUUAAGUUUGGUAUCAUAUAUCAACAAUUUGGACAAAUUACAGAAGAGGAAUAUUUCAAUAACAAAACUCACGGGUCUGCUAUGAAUGAGUUUCUAGACAUUCUUGGAGCAAGAGUGUGUCUCAAGGAUUUUCAAGGGUUUCAUGGUGGAUUAGAUGUCAAAUACGGUCAAACUGGUGAAACGUCGGUACACACAGUGUUUAGUGGGAAGGAAAUUAUGUUCCAUGUAUCGACUCUGCUUCCUUAUUCAAGCGGCGAUGCACAACAGGUGCAAAGAAAAAGACACAUUGGAAACGAUAUUGUCUCUAUAGUUUUUCAGGAUGAUAAUACUCCUUUUUCGCCAAUUUCUAUUCGUUCUCAUUUUCUGCAUGUUUUCAUUGUCGUUCAAGUGGAAAAUCCAAAUACAAGCAAUACAAGAUAUAAGGUUUCUGUGACUGCAAAGGAAGAUGUUCCACCGUUUGGGCCUAAACUGCCCAACCCAGCAGUUUUUAAAAAGGGACCAGAAUUUCGUAAGUUCAUCUUGACCAAGUUGAUUAAUGCUGAGAAAGCUGCUUUGAAAAGUGCUGAGUUUUCUCGAUUAGCGGACCGCACAAGAUCGUCUUUGUUAAAGAACCUGUUUGAAGAGCUCCAGGAUAAAAACGCUGCUAUAUUUGACAUGGGAGUAGCAAACGAAGGAACGACCGGAAAUCAAAAAGGCUUAUUKACAUCACUUCGUAAAGUGAUUCGUGGUCGAACUAGUCCAGUAUCUAGAUCAGCAUCCCUGACCUCGACACGUUCAGCCGAUGAGGUUGAGGCGACGGAUGAAAACCAGAAAAGGCAAAAGGAACGGMGGAAAUCAAGUCAGUCGUUUUUAUCAAAGAAGAAAAGCCCAAAGGAAAUUAAACGAACUGGCAGCACUAGAAGUAAGAGCAUGGAAUCACUGGAWAGYGAUCGCUUGCAAACGCMAAACAGUGGUGCUUCAACGUUCUUCRUCGGGCACAGCCCAAGAACUUCAAGAGCUAGCACUAUAACAGACACCAAAACCAGUCAAAAUGAUAGUGAUUCCCCGAAAGAUUAUUUAAUCGCAAAACCGCUUAAUUCCCCAGAAGGAGAAAGGCUCGGAUUUUACCGAGCGUCAUCGACUCCACUUCUAGAUCCGAAAUCAUAUAGUAAGAACUCCCCGAGUCCACGAACACAACACGAAAGUUCGCCGAAGUCUGGUGUUCGGUACAUCGGAGGGUACUCGAGUAAUAACGACAGUGAACCACCAAGAGAACAAAGCCCAGUUAAAAUUAUAAAUUACGAGAGGUCGCCGAGUUCYUCACGAAAAUCUUCCGACCCUUUCCAAAUCAUUCGGCCGGARSCUCGUCACGCCGAAGRUUUUCAGGAAAAUGAGGAACGGUYAAGGAAUUUGGACUAUACUGGAGAGUACGAGAAGGAACUUAUGUAUUUACCUCAACAGCUACAACAAGUUACUCAACAAAUUCAUCAACAGCAYAAGUUAUCGCCAAAUACAAACCCGAACAGUCGAGAAUACAACACAGCUUUAUUACUAAGUUAUCGUAGAUCUCGAGAGGACCUUUUAGAUAAUAAUUCACCCAWCCGAUCACCUUCCGAAUCUCCGAAUCUUUUCCGAAAAGCUUCCGACCCGAUGUAUAAUCGACGUGCUUCCUCGCCGAUAUCAAGUCCAGUGUUGUUAAGGCAGAAAAAGACUGCUGUAGUGUCGCCUUUAUUGGAUGUCAAAUCUUCUGAUCCUCCCAGGCCUCGCUCGGUCCCUCCUGGACUAUUGAUGUUUGAUCCUACKGACCCUGAGUCCGAGGGUUAUCAGCAGGUACUGGAGCAAACUUUGUCCGUAUCGAAUACAUCUCGUCAUGGUAGUGGUCGCUCACUCAGUGAUAGAGACGAAGAAUUAGAAAAUCUUAGAAAACAAGUCGAAUCAUUGACAAAUGAUAACGUUCGUCUCAAAAGCGAGAAAAUGGACAUAGAGAGACAAUUAGUGCUCGUUGAACGUGAAUACAAAGAAGCUGAGGACCAGAAUUUACACCAAACAGUUGAACUCUACGAAGCACGCUGCGAAAUUGCUCGYCUGCGAUCAUUACUACCUAGCGAGAAUGUUCGUCCUGAGAAAGUCACCGAAAGAACAAUGACACGGCAUACUCGGUUGUGAAAACUCCAUAGUUCCUUAUAAUUCUUUCCGAAAAAAGCAUGAAAUACACUUUUAUUUAUAGUGGAAUUAUUUGAAAAAUGUUGCAUUAUUUUAACUGUUCGUACGGUAAUUUUUAUGCUUUCUUAAUCAAARAAUGGUUAUUGAACAUUAUUA